AUGGCGAGGACGCAGAGAAUGCCGCGACUCGGUAGAGGGUUCAGGUCCAGGGCGAGCAAGUUGAUGGCGGUUUGCCUGGGUGGAGUUGUGCUUUUUUCCGCCGGGCAGAGCAAUGCGGAGGCGUUUCUUGAAGGGAUUCACUAUCGGAGUUUGCAAGAUAGUGUCUCCGGGGGGACCCAGACUGGACCAACAUUCCAGGAGGGUGUCGCCAAGUGUGUGUUGACAACCACAGGCUCGCAAGACCAUACGGAUUCAGGGGCUACAGCGUUGACGUUGUCCAAAGGGAACCUCAGCGCUACAUUAGUCUGUUCUGGUCAAAACAAUGCUGCGGUGCCAGAAAAUCUAACAAAAGUGUGUAGCCCCAACGGCAAGGACAGUGCGGACAAGUGCAAGUUCGGGACAGCAAGCGCUUCUGAAGGAAUGGAAGCCACCCUGCAAGACCUUCUCGGGGCAGGCGAACAUGUGAAGUGGAAAAAACAAGAAUCGACAGGCAGAGCUGAAAACAGCGGCGAAACAUGGAUCCUCAGCUUAACUGAGGGCGAUCUUCCCUUAACAGACAAGCCUUUCUUCGUUGGCUGUAAGGCGAAAACGCGAUCUCCGGGGAAACUUGCUGGCGCUACAGAUUCGUGCAAAGUGCCGAUACAUGUGGAAGCGAGACCUUCUUCUGAAACCAACAACGUUGUCACUUGUGCCUACGGUCAAAACAGCAACACACACGCCUUGGAGGUCGAGCUCACAGCAGAGAAAAACGCUGUGACCAUCGAGUGCGGUAGCGUCGGUUCCCCCCUGCCUGAAAACCCGACUAUUCACUAUUGUGCUCCCGACGAUGGAAAUUUGGAUUCCUGCACAGCGAAGAAAUACGUUGACGCUCUGCCGAUGUUUGAGGAGAGUUGGGUGAAGCAGGACGAGGAUAAAUCCUCUGUCACCCUGACGAUCCCCGAGUCCGGAUUUCCGGUGGAGGAUCAGAAACUCCGUUUGGGAUGUGUUCCUCAGAAUACCUCGGAUGCGAAGGGUGGCGCGGGGUCUAGUGCUGAUUCGUUUGAUGCGAAAACAUCGAACUGCAAUGUUAUGGUGACGGUUAGAGCAUCGAACGCCAUUUCAUCUGCAAUAUCGUCUCUUCAAGUGGUGGCUGUUGCUUGCGGCGCUGUCGCCGUGACGGGGCUUCUUGCUGGCUCCCUGUAG